GGAGCAAAACGACACCGUAAAGUUCUCCGUGACAACAUUCAAGGCAUCACAAAACCAGCUAUUAGGCGGUUAGCCAGACGAGGCGGAGUUAAACGUAUCAGCGGCUUGAUAUACGAGGAGACGCGUGGUGUUCUCAAGAUCUUUCUAGAAAAUGUUAUUCGUGAUGCGGUUACUUACACCGAACAUGCUCGCAGGAAAACAGUUACUGCUAUGGAUGUUGUUUAUGCUUUGAAACGCCAAGGCCGUACUCUUUACGGUUUUGGCGGUUAGUUUGUUAGUCUGUUUUGUUUUGAUUUGUAGUUGUUUACAUCACUUCAUGUAUUUGUUAUUAAUUUUGUGAUAUCGAAAUCGAGAUUUUUACUAUAUUUUUAAUUUAAUUUUAAGUGUCAUAUUAUGAGCUGAUGAUCAUCUAAAUUUGUAAUUUAAUUUUAAUCAGUGGCCGGAGUUGUGUACAGUUUCGGUUCGGUUAUCCAAAAACCGAUUAAAACCGAAACCGAACCGAGAGUUUAAAAACCCUAAUUUGGUUUUACAGUUUUCGAUAAAUCACUGUUCGGCUGCGCUAUAUAAGCACACCGUUUGCCAUCUUAAAUCUUCGUCGAUUAUCUUCUCAGCAAAACUUAAUCGGCGAUUCUGCUGGAUUUUAAGAUGGAGUCACAAAAGAAAAGAAAAGCAAAAUCUUUAAUUUGCGAGUACUUCGAAAGAAUGGACGUCGACGACGAUAAGAAAAAAGACAAGUGCAACCACUGCUCUCAAGUGUGUGACAAAGACGGUAACGUUAACGGGACAUCAAUGAAACAACACUCAACGCUAUGUAACCAAAACCCGAAAAAUCUUCCAAAUAAUUCAGAAGACGAAAGAAAAAGAAAAGCGUUAGCGAAAAUGAUAAUACUCGACAAACUUCCGCUCUCAUCUGUUCAAACCGUGUCAUUUAAAAGGUUUAUGGAAGCUCUAUGCCCCGAUUUCACCAUUCCUUCACUGUUGACAAUAGCACGCGAUUGUUGCGAGUACUAUUCGGAGAAAAAGAAGAAGUUAAAAAAGUUGUUUACGGAAAAUGAACAACGGGUUUGUCUUACCGUUGAUAUAUGGACUUCAGAAGAAGGGCUUGAUUACAUGUGUUUAACCGCACAGUUUAUCGACGAUGAUUGGAAUUUGCAUAAUAAAAUGAUCAACUUCAAACUUGUAGACAGUGAUGACGGUGAAGAGAUCGGAAGUACGAUUAUCGAGUGUUUGAAAGAAUGGGGAAUCGAGAACGUGUUGACGAUAACUAUCGGUAACGCAUCGUCUAGUGACGAUGCAAUUUCGUUUCUGAAGAGUAAGUUGCCGAACUUAUUUUCCGACGGUAAAUACCUUCAUAUCAAGUGUAUGACACACAUUAUCAAUUUGGUUGUGAAAGCGGGAUUCAAAUCACAAAACGAUACAAUUGAGCGUAUUCGGAGCGCGGUUAGAUACAUAAGCGUCUCUCCCGACGGGCUCGAUACGUUCAAAUCUUGCGUUGUGGGGAAAAAAGUCGAGUCGGAAACGUUUUUAUGUCUCGAUUGGCCUGACAGAUGGAACACUACAUCCGAUAUGUUGAAAAGGGCAUCGGAAUUCGAAAAGGCGUUUGAGUUAUUCGAAACUAAAGAUCCGGAUUUCAAACGUUAUUUACACCAUUUAAAAGACGAUGUUCCAAGUCGCACCGAUUGGAUUUACGCAAGAAAGUUUGCGUCGUUACUCGAUUUCUUCAAACGCAAAACUAUGCAGAUGUCGAGUACAACGUAUGUUACUGCCAAUCAGUUUUUUAGCGAAGUUAUGGAUAUCGAUGCGCACUUACAUGAACUGAAGAACGAAACGGACUUGCGCUUUAAGCGUAUGGCGAAUACGAUGCGAGAAAUGUUUGACGGGUAUUGGGGAGAUCGAAAGAAAAACUGUAUGUUUAUGUAUUUUGCUGUAAUAUUGGAUCCGCGUAUGAAGGUUGAGAUAAUCAAGUAUGGUUUUACGAAAAUGUGUAACUUGAAAAAAGAGCCGAAUACCGAACAAGAAGCUGUGGAUAAGAUGAUUGAAGAUAUGGUUAAAGAUGUCGUGAAUGAAUUCGGAUUAUUGUUUAAUGAAUACGAGUCGAUGUACCAAACAACAAGUUCUGAAAAGGUUGAACAUUUAACGACGGAAUUACAAAAGUACCUUAAUGAUGCGACAAUACCGUAUAAUCAAGAGUUUGAUAUACUGCAAUGGUGGAAACUGAAUGCUUCAAGGUAUCCAACUUUAUCCAGAAUGGCGAAAGAUAUUUUGGCAAUUCCGCUUUCAACUGUUGCUACAGAGUCGGCUUUCCGUAUAGACAAACAGGUAUUGGCCUCGGAUAGAAGUUCUUUACCUGCUUAUCUCAUUGAAGCGUUAAUCUGUACACACGACUGGAUUCGAAGCUCGAGGAAGGAUGUUAUCAACGAAGAUUUAGCUACUUCUAUUCUGGAUGAUUUUUGAGAAGAUGUUUCUGAACAACGUGGAUGCGGAUCAAGGUUUGUUUCAUCAGUGAUGAUGAUAUUUUGUGUUGAAUGUUUGAUUUAUUAAGUUUUCAUGUUUACUGUAUUGAAUCUAUCAAGUAAUUUUGGAUCAGGAAUUAUUACUGGUUGAUUUUAAGUUA